AUGAAAAACGUUGUUGAUAUAGUAUUAGGUGGUCUCACGUACUGGAUGUUUGGUUUUGCAUUUUCAUUUGGAAGAAGUGAUUUGAACAAUGGUUUCAUAGCACUUGGAGACUUUUUUAUAGAUCCUUCCUUAAGAGACCCUUUGAAAGGUGCCAUAUAUGCUGCAUUCAUUUUUCAACUAUCGUUUGCUACUACUGCCACUACAAUAGUGAGUGGUGCAAUGGCAGAAAGUUUUCUGAACACUGCAAUAUAUUGCAUACCAGCAGGCUGGAUUUGGGGUGAACAUGGAUUUUUGAAAAAACUAGGAGCAGUAGACAUAGCAGGCUCUGGUGCAGUCCAUUUAUUGGGUGGGAGUGCUGCAUUUGCGAGUGCAAUGAUGCUAGGUCCCCGUUUGGGCAGAUAUGAUAAUGGAAUAGCACCCCUACCCCUUGGCAACCCCGUCAACGCAGUGAUGGGACUGUUUGUACUUUGGUGGGGAUGGUUGGCUUUCAAUUCUGGUAGUACCUAUGGGUUGAGUGGCGAAAAAUGGCACUAUGCAGCCAGAGCAGCUGUCAUGACUAUGAUUUCAACUUUUGGAGGGGGUACAAUCAGUAUUUUCUAUACCAUGAUCAAACUGAAAGGUAAAAUAGACACUAUUGACAUUAUAAACGGCAUUCUUGGUUCGCUAGUGUCCAUAACAGGAGGAUGUUUUUUGUAUAAAGGUUGGGAAGCACUCUUGGUUGGAUGUAUUGGGUCUAUAUUAACAUGUGGAUCAAUGCCGCUUAUUGACAAGAUGGGAAUCGAUGAUCCAGUUGGUGCUAGCUCUGUUCAUGGUGUGGCAGGAAUAUGGGGAGUUAUAGCAAUUGGUUUAUUCGCUGAUGAUCCUUAUCCUUUGGAUACUACAAGUGGCAGAAGUGGCAUAUUGAAAGGUGGGGGUUGGUACCUUUUUGGAAUCCAGUGUUUGUUUGCAUGUUGCAUCCUACUAUGGGGACUCACAUCGACCGUAAUUCUAUUGUGGACCAUCAACAAAUUCAUCACUAUCAGAAUGGAUGUCCACGUGGAACUGAUGGGAGCCGAUUUGACAGAACACAUGGUCAAACACGGGAAUGUAGGAGUUUCCAGAGCAGUUUCAGCUUUCCGAACAGUGCUAGAUACAACUGAAAUUGAAAAACUGAAAACUGUUGGAUUGAAUCCUGGACAUGACAAAAGCCUCAACAUGGUCGACCAUUUAGCGAAAAGAAAGAAAUAUAAACUAUCAAGGAUUCUUCGAGACAUAACGAAAAACAGAAAUUUGGGAAUAAAUAUUUCGAAAAAUUUGAUUCCGAGAAAGAAAGAUAGACGUCCAAAGUCUAUAAAAUCACCAGAGCACAAUUUUAAUGUUAAAUUGAGGCCGACUACUGAUAAUAGCGAAGUACCGAGAACGGCCCAAAUAGCUUGGAUGGAUUAG